AAAAAGAAGGGUUAUGGAAGGGCCCAUUCAGUUUUAUUCAAGCAGCUGACACUCAAUUUGGAAUGAUUGAAGAUUAUAUUGAAAAAAGAGAAAACCCUGGCUGGCAAGAAGAAAUUGUUUUAACAGAGAAAGCUAUAAAGGCUGUGAAUCAAAUGGUGCCUAAACCAAGAUUCUUUAUUGUAUGCGGUGACCUGAUUAAUGCUUUUCCAGGAACCACUUUACGUAAACCUCAAGAGAUUGAUUUCAAGAAAGUUUUCAGUGACUUAGAUCCAGAAAUUCCUCUGAUUUGUGUUUGUGGAAAUCACGAUAUUGGAGAUACUCCAACUCCAGACUCAAUAAUAACUUACAAGAACACUUUUGGAGAUGAUUACUUUUCUUUCUGGUGUGGAGGGAUGAUGUGUAUAGUUCUGAACUCUCAGUAUUUUCAAGACCCAAGUCUGGUGCUUGACAAUGCUAAAGAACAGGAAAUAUGGUUGGAGGAACAGCUUUCUCUUGCAAAAUCAGGUGCAUUCCAACAUGUUGUUGUAUUCCAACAUAUUCCAUGGUUUCUGUUUAAACCUGAUGAGAAAAAGGAGUAUUUUAACAUAGAUAAAGACUUAAGAAUAAAAAUGCUGAAAAAAUUUCAAGAGGCGGGUAUAAAAAUUAUAUUUUGUGGCCACUAUCAUCGAAAUGCAGGAGGAUUUUAUGAAAACAUAGAAGUAGUGACCACUUCAGCUAUUGGAGCACAAUUGGGAACAGAUAAAUCUGGAAUGAGAAUUGUUCGAGUUUUGCCAGAGACAAUUAAACAUGAUUAUUAUGCUCUUGAGGAUUUACCUACUGAAAUCAACCUUACCAAUCUAUAGACUUCUUGCAGUGUGAUAGGAUGUACCUAAAACUUGGAAUAUUGUAUAAUCAGAUUAACACACCUAAUUGUAAAUAAAGUUUUUAAUUAACAUGAA